GUUCAGUAACGCUUAAUUCUUAUUAUAGUUACAAUUCUAAUCCUAAUCAUACUUUACACUCAAUUUUAAUGGUUGGCAGUGCAUAAGCAUAACCCAUACUCUCAAUGGCUCUCUACACUUCCACUGCUACUCUGCCAUUCAAAUGUGUAAUUGAUUCCCAUCCUUCACAACCAAAUCCUCUUUUAUCAUUCCCACGACCAAAAUUCAAGACCACCCACAUCAUAUUACCUUUUGCUGAUUCUGGGAAAUGGAGGAACAUGGUUUCAUUUUUCCCAGGUUUUCUUACUGGAGGUAAAGAUGUUCAGAGCCUCAAGGUAGAGCUCUAUGAAACAAUUGCACCCCUUGACCGAGGCGCCGAGGCUACUCCUGAGGAUCAACAGCGUGUGGACCAGAUUGCUCGUAAACUUGAGGCUGUGAAUUCUGUUAAGGAGCCUCUCAAGUCUGAUUUGCUCAAUGGAAAAUGGGAGCUUUUAUAUACAACAUCUCAAUCAGUUCUUCAAACAAAGAGACCAAAAUUCUUGCGGCCGAAUGGAAAGAUCUAUCAGGCAAUUAAUGUGGAUACCUUGAGAGCUCAAAAUAUGGAAACUUGGCCGUUCUACAACCAGGCCACUGCCAAUUUAGUGCCUCUUAACUCAAGAAGGGUGGCUGUCAAGUUUGACUUCUUCAAAAUUGCUAGUCUGAUACCUAUUAAAUCACCUGGGAGUGGUCGUGGUCAGUUGGAAAUUACUUAUCUGGAUGAUAAUUUACGAAUAUCAAGAGGUGAUAGAGGUAACUUGUUCAUCUUGAAAAUGGUGGAUCCAUCUUAUAGAGUCCCUCUUUGAUGUGGGAGCCCCCAGAAUUGGUAGUAGUGCCUUCAAUUGUUGGCAUGAAUUAAUGCUGCCACUGAACCAACAUUCAAGUCAAGAAGUGGUCCAGUUUUUGUGCCUGGGAUUUCUGCCCGUGUAUGCUUUCUUUCUGUUAUAUUUUAUUUAUAAUUUUCAGUUCAAUAUUUAAAACAUUGGCAUAACUUAAAACAACACGCAACUUAUGUAUUCUUAUUAGCAGGGUAUUUGGUAAACAAGAGUAUUUUUCUUAG